AUUAAUCUUCUAAAAAGGUCUCGAAAGAAAACACAAAAAAAGCUUUGCUUUCAUCUUCUUUCUUUCUUCUCCUUGAUGGAUUCACGAAAAGAGGGUAACUUGGUUGAAACCCAGUUUCUAAAACCUUAUGUAACCUCCAUUGAUGGUGCUGUAGCUGAGCUUCCUCGUCACUGUCUCCGUGUUUCUUCAUCAGACCUAAAGGAGUCAUUUUCCAGGAUUUCUUUCAAUGGGUUCUGGUCUGCACGUGCUGAUUUCAAAUCAUGGGCUAAAAAAAUGGAAGCUUUGCACGAACCCACUUGGAGAAAAGCUGGGAUUUUCGAGGCAAUCAAGGCAUCGACAUACAAAAUCCCUAAAAAUGACUCUUUGGUUCUAGCUCUCGUAGAGAAAUGGUGUCCUGAAACCAAAUCAUUCGUCUUCCCGUGGGGUGAAGCAACGAUAACGCUCGAAGAUGUACUGGUGCUUCUAGGGUUUUCUGUCUUGGGUUCUCCUGUUUUCGCCCCUUUAGAAAGCUCAGAGAUGGGAGAUUCCGUUGAGAAACUGGAGAAAGCAAGAUUUGAGAAAAGAGGUCGGGAUGGUCAAACGAGACAAGGACUAUGGGUUUCGAGCUUCUUGGGUAGAGGUGAUCAAAUGGAGCAUGAAGCUUUUCUUGUAAUGUGGCUUUCGCAAUUAGUUUUUCCGGAUAUGUCCCGUCGUUCUAUUUCGAGAAAAGUUCUCCCUAUUGCUGUUCGUUUAGCUAGAGGCGAAAGGAUUGCUCUUGCUCCUGCUGUUUUAGCAAGACUGUACAGUGAUUUGGGUCAAAUUCUAGCUUUUGCUAGAGACAAGUCCGCUCAAAAUUUAACUCUGAGAUCACUGUUUAAGUUAGUCCAAGUAUGGGCAUGGGAGAGAUUCGAGAACACCAGACCAAGAGUUGGAGAGAUAUCAAAAGGUGAACCUAGAAUAGCUCGAUGGGUCUAUUCGCAACAAACAUCUGAGAAUGUGAGAUUGAACCUUGAUGAUUUCGAUUGGCGUCCUUACACUAAACCUUUGAAGAAUUGGAACCCUCCUCGGUUUUACCCUGAAGAAGCUAUGUGGAUGACUGCUGAUGACAAUCUUGAUGAUGAAUUUGUUUCGUAUGCUCGAUGUAUGAGGGUUUCUCAUCUUGUUGGGAUGGAUAUUGUGGAGGAUUACUAUCCGAAUCGAGUGGCAAGGCAGUUCGGUCUGGCUCAAGAUCUUCCUGGCUUAAUUACUGAUCAAAGAAGCUUCACGGAAAAGGAGGCAUGGGAUGAUUACAAUAAGUCUCUUGAUGGUUUAAAGCUGUACUUGCCUUCUUGUCUUGCUCCGACUUCUGUUACUGAAAGAUAUCAAGACUGGUGGUUCAAAUCUAUUUCAAAGUUUCUGAUUCCUUCAGAAUCAACUGAAACUUUCAAUGCAAGUAAUACAAUUGAUGAUGAUGAUGAUGUGCAGCCUUUGGGUCAAGUGUUUCAGAAGUUGGGAGAGAGCUUUCUUCGGAAAUUCAAACGAUUUAAGACGCGCAGGUUAGCGAAAAAUCUGAGAUUCAAGAUAAAGAAAGACAAGAUUUUUGAUAGUGGUGCUUCAGCUUCAACAGAAUUGCCACUUAGUCAGUUGUUUAAGGAGGAGUUGAUAUUCAAGAGAACAAGUGAGCAUUUAAGAAACAAGAGAAGCAAGCGAGCUCGUGAGGAUGAUGAGAGUACUAUGGAUCACAAAGACGAUGAAAAAGAUGAUGACAUUACUAUUGCUCAGAUUAGCAAAUCUAGAACUGGAAGGACUGACAAAAGUGGAAGUAAAGCAAAUAAGAGUAUGGUUCAGAGACCAUCUAAUGAAAACAACUCUUCAGAUCCUCCUGUCGAUUCUCAUGAAGAUAUAAUUAAAAUUGCUGUGUCACCACCAGAGACAAGGCUAACAUGUGAUGAUAAGCUUCAUGUAAAUGGAACCAAGGAAGAAGAGGGUUUGGUCCAUGAAGAUGGAGAAAAGCAGAGAUGCAAUGAGAAUCUGCGCAGUGAAGCUGAGAAAGAAGAAGAUAUUGAUGAAAGAUUGAAACAGAGAAAGCUUUCAAUAAAGGAGAUAGAACUGAAGCUGGAGACACGUAUCAUGAAGGUGGAGAAGAGUUUGGCAAUGAUUAGAAUAUGGAAAACCAGAAGAAACCAGACCAAUAAUGGAGUUUGUGCUUAAUUAAAUGUGUCUAAACUAUCUGAUCUGAAACUUUUCAAGAGGAUCUCAUGGAAAGAAACACUACAAUGUAACAAUUACUUAAUGGUGGUGUGAUUUGUUUUUAUUAA